AUGCUCGAGCGCGACGCCGCGCGCGAAGCCGCACGCCCGUCGCCCGUGCCGCUGGCAGACCGCGUGCCGGACCGCGAGGGCUGCCUCCCGUGGAUCUUCUAUGACAAGCCCAUCAAAACCGGCUCCACCGCCGUCACGUACGCCAUUCGCGAGUACGUCAUGGCCAGGGGGCAGCGCCAUCGCAGGUGCAGUAGGGACAGCUGCACGCCCAGGGCGGAGGCCGCAUGUAAUGGCACUGGCGAUCCCGAGCAUCUUAUCGGCCACGUGAGGGUGAGAGACGGGUUAGUGGAGUGUCUGAAGGGCAAGGAGUUUUAUGCUGCCACGAGUAUUAGAGAUCCGCUGGAGAGAUGGAGGAGCGCGUUUAAGUUUAACAGGAUGAUGAAGGGGCACCACAACGGAAUUAUGUACACGGAGACGUUUGAUACGUUCAUGAAGCUGUACCCGGAUUGCCAGAUGUAUCAGUACUACGACCAAAUGUCGUCCGAAUGUGACAACGCGCCUGUGCCCUGGAGGGAAAGGCUGGAAAGAAUCAAAGACCGGUACGACGAGGUGAUUGAUCUGUACGACGACAACGAGGAGCUGGAGGGCGUGCUAUUUAAGAAGAUCAAGGGCUACAUGGAGAAGGAAAACGUGUCUAAGCAGUCCAAGGAGGUCAUCACCGACAAGUUUGACAGGUCGAGACUCGAGCCGGAGCAGGCGCUUUACGACGCCCUCAAGGCCAAGCGGAAGGAGAAGCCGGAUCUGACCAGAUUCCCGUGUUAG